GAGAGCUGUCUUAGAUAAGAGAUUGGGAGUGCUGCAUUGAGAGCCAGAUAAGAACAAGUGGAGGACUGCCUGGGGAGGGCAGGGGAGAGCCUCGUGCUGGCCCCGGGGCACUCUGCAAAGCCUUCAGCAGGACGAUGCGGGCUGUCUCCUCCAGGGCUCCUCCUCGCACCUGCUAACACACCUCGGCAGCCCUGCAGUCUCCUCUACAGGGCCCAAGAUGUACCCUGGGGCAUUGUGGGUGGCCCUGCCCACACUGUCCCUGCUGGCCUGCUCCCUGCAGGGGAAGCCGUUACAGAGCUGGGCAAGGGUGUCUGCGCAGGGAAACACCCGCAACUUUCUGGAAGAUCCUGGAGGAGGGCGGCAGGAGGGCACUUUUGAUCUGAAGGUGUUCCUGGAGAACAUGAAGGUGGAUUUCUUACGCAGCCUCAACCUGAGUGGGGUCCCCUCCCAGGAUAAAACCAGACUGGAGCCGCCACAGUACAUGAUCGACCUGUACAACAGGUACACCGCCGACAAGUCUUCCACCCCAGCCUCCAACAUCGUGCGGAGCUUCAGCGUGGAAGAUGUUGUGUCUACAACUGCCACAGAGGACUUGCCAUUCCAGAAACACAUUCUUCUCUUCAACAUCUCCAUCCCCAGGCAUGAGCAAAUCACCAGGGCUGAGCUCCGUCUCUAUGUCUCCUGUCAAAAUCACGUGGACUCAUCUCAUGGGCUAGAAGGAAACAUGGUCAUCUAUGAUGUGCUGGAUGGAGAAGAUGCCUCAGGGACCAAGACCUUUCUGGUGUCCCAGGACAUUCAGGAUGAGGGCUGGGAGACCUUGGAAGUGUCCAGUGCUGUGAAGAGAUGGGUCAGGGCAGAUUCCACAAAGAGCAAAAAUAAGCUCGAGGUAACUGUGGAAAGCCAUAGGAAGGGCUGUGAUACAUUGGACAUCAGUGUCCCUCCAGGUUCCAAAAACCUUCCCUUCUUUGUUGUCUUCUCCAAUGACCGCAGCAACGGGACCAAGGAGACCAGGCUGGAGCUUAGGGAGAUGAUUGGCCAUGAGCAGGAGAGCAUUCUUAGGAAGACACCUAAGAAAAACUACAGGGAGGCAGGUGAGAACCAGGAGGAUGAGGAGGAAGAGGAGGACGUGGAUGGCCACAUGGUCACAGGUUUGUCUUUAGCCAGACGGAAGAGGAGCAUAGGGGCCAGCAGCCACUGUCAGAAGACCUCGCUAAGGGUGAACUUUGAAGACAUUGGCUGGGACAGCUGGAUCAUUGCACCCAAGGAGUAUGAUGCCUAUGAGUGUAAAGGUGGCUGCUUCUUCCCCCUGGCCGAUGAUGUGACACCGACAAAGCAUGCCAUUGUGCAAACCCUGGUGCAUCUCAAGUUCCCUACAAAGGUGGGCAAGGCCUGCUGUGUGCCCACUAAACUGAGUCCCAUCUCCAUCCUCUACAAGGAUGACAUGGGGGUGCCCACCCUCAAGUACCACUACGAGGGGAUGAGUGUGGCAGAGUGUGGGUGCAGGUAGUGGUUGCCCUCCGGACUAGGGGAGGCAGGGUGGGAAUAGGGAUUCUGAUAAGAGACCCUGUGUCCCCUGGGUAUGACAGGGAAUAAGUUGAUCUGCAUGCUACCUGGAGAAGGAAAGGGAGCCUGCUGUCCCUCUCACUCCCCAUGCAAAGUAUGCACCACUGGCUCCUACUGGUGGGGAGGGUGACGGCUGGAUAGUCUGGACGGCUGCUGGGAUGGAAGGAAAAUGAUGACAGGGGAACAUAAGAAACUACGGAGCAGAAAUCUGAGCAGAAACUAGUCAGAGGAGUAUAGACAGGUGACAUGCAAACAUUUAUAGAAAUUACAGAAGUCAAGGAGGAUGAGGCUUAUUCCAAUAAACUUUGGGAGAGAAGAGAAAAGGAACAAGCUUUGACCAGCCAUUUUGUGUCAUUUCCCACACUCAAAUGUGUUGGGCAUUAUGACUUCUGAUUUAUAGAUCUCAAAACCUAGGCAGGUGAGUUAGUCCUGAUCAAUGGAGGGAUUUCAACCCAAGUUUGUGUGACAACAAAGCUUGGGACCUUCCCAUUCAGGUUAGCAUGUCACUCUGUACUGAAAGUGCAAUUAGACAUUGUGAAGUUGGAGUAUUGAGAACAAGCCGAGCUGAGCUCCAGUGGGUACUUACUGGUAUGACUGGGCUGCUCAUUUUAUCUGGUACACAACCUUUCUGUGUGAUGCCUGUAUGCAUUCUGUGGCUAAAUGCUUAAUAAUACCACCGUCGAGUCACUGAGAAACCACACCCAAACCAACUGCAGAAUAGAGAAAGAUAGUUUAAGACAGUAGCACCUCUGACAUGCAUCGAGGCUACUUUGACUCUCUGGUGCAGAGCUCAUACAAUCACUCUAUGAUAGUCUGGGAGGGACAGCUGAUGGUCUCAGCCUCUGCAGUUCCCUACUGAGCAGAAGGCACCCACGAGUGUCCCCUGCCAAAUGAUUCCACAGAGGAUAGGACUAGAAUUUGAAUUUGUUGGAAUUAAGUAUGCUUUUGAUUUAGUAUGUAAAACAUCCCUAUUUUUAAAUCCUCGGUGACAUGCACUCAAGUGAUAAGAUGUCCAGCCUUCCUGGGUGAGGACUCCCUAGCCUCUGAAGACAUCUGGUACUUAUUGGCUGCCACUGGCUCGGACUGUUCUUGCCAGCUUUCUUGAGUAAUGGGUGUUCUGCCUCCACUGGCUCCAGAGUAGGAUAGAGUCUCCAUUUCCUAUGAGUUUCAUCCUCUGCUCUGUCUCUCCUUGCUGUAUAUAGACCUGGAUGGCAUGAGGAAGAAUUUGAGUCACAAAGAUCCCAACCCAUGGCCUGUUGACCCCUGACCAGAGCAGGGCCUGAAGGAGCCUUAGAAAGACCUGGGCACCCCCAUUGACUGCAACUCCCUCAUAUUUAAAAAAAAAAUAAAAGAAAUGAUUUGUGUUAAAUGUU